CCGGGACCGACCCAGCCGAGCUCGGCCGAGCCCGGAGCCCCCGCGCCGGCCCCGCGCUACACGUGCCAAUGUGUUGCCAACCAGCUGGACACCUGGCUUCCCAAAAGCUCACAUGCAUGUUUGCUAAGCUUGGCAAGUCAAGAUCAAAAUGAAAUUAUAAUAAAAAUCCAUGUGGAUUCUGAGGUUCGAGACAAAGAUGAAUCUGCGUUCUGUAUUUACUGUAGAACAACAAAGGAUAUUACAGCGUUACUAUGAAAAUGGAAUGACAAAUCAAAGUAAAAAUUGCUUUCAGCUCAUAUUACAGUGUGCACAAGAAACUAAACUGGAUUUCAGCGUGGUCAGGACGUGGGUUGGCAACAAGCGGCGGAAGAUGAGCAGCAAGAUCGCCACGGAAUCUGGGGGCAUUCCCCCAGGGACUGCCCCUGCCACUCCGUCCAUGCCCCCGGAGGCAGCAGUGAGAAAUGUGGUAAAUAUUGCUCGAUCCCAAAGCCAGCAAUCCUCUUGGACCUCUUCUAACAACGACGUGAUAGUGACUGGUAUCUACAGCUCUGCCAGCUCUUCGGGACGGCCCGGAACCGCCAAGUACACGAACGCCUCUGUGGCGGAGCUGCACAAAACCUCCAUCCCACGGCUCCCGGGCAGGAGCGACGCAGACUUCCAGCAGCAGCACAUCCCCCUGGGACGGCAAAUACCCCACUGUAAAAAUGCUUCCCUCUUAGUGGGGGAAAAGACCAUUAUUCUAGCCAGGCAAACGAGCGUGCUCAACUCUGCAAACUCCAUCUACAGCCACACGAAGAAAAGCUACGGCAGCUCCUCGGUGCAGACGGCGGAGCUGGUGUUACCUCAGAAACCCAUGAUUUGCCACAGGCCCUGCAAGGCCGAGCCCUUGGGGUGCCAGCGCUCGCACAAACCCGAGCAUGCGGCCCUGGCAUCACACGUGCCCCCCGGGCCGAGGGCUCACCCCAGGGACCCCGCGUGCGGCACCCAGAACCUGGAGAUCCGCGAGGUGUUCUCGCUGGCGGUCACGGACCAGCCCCAGCGGCUGGUGGCGGGGAGCACGACGCAGAAACAUCCCUCCCUGGAGGGCAGCUGCCUGUCCAUCGCGAUGGAGACGGGCGACGUGGAUGACGAGUACGCCCGCGAGGAGGAGCUGGCCUCCAUGGGAGCGCAGAUCCAGAGCUGCUCCAGAUACUGUGAGGGCAGCGGCUCCGGCCGCUGGGACAACCAAAGCGCGGCCGGGCCGGGCCGCAGUGGGGGCUGUGGGGCACAGCUGGGCAGUGCCAGGGAUGUGCCUGACAAUCUCCUCUACCACAGCAGAGAGUUCCACCUGCCUGCACGGACCUCAUUGCACACAACAUCCAGCACGAUUUAUAACACUUCCAACGCGGCCAGAAGUACCUUUUCUCCUCAUUUUACAUCUUCAAGUCAACUGAAGCUGUCACAAAACCAAAAUAAUUACCAGAUUUCAGGAAACCUUACUGUGCCUUGGAUUACAGGUUGUUCCAGAAAAAGAGCAUUACAGGACCGCACACAGUUUAGUGACCGAGACUUAGCUACCCUAAAGAAAUACUGGGACAAUGGCAUGACCAGCCUGGGCUCAGUCUGCAGAGAGAAAAUUGAAGCUGUGGCUGCAGAAUUAAAUGUUGACUGUGAAAUAGUUCGGACUUGGAUUGGGAAUCGAAGACGGAAAUAUCGUUUAAUGGGGAUUGAGGUCCCACCCCCUAGAGGAGGUCCUGCUGAUUUCUCUGAUCAAUCUGAAUUUGUUUCUAAAUCAGCACUUAAUCCAGGAGAGGAAACUGCUACUGAAGUGGGGGAUGAUAAUGAUAGGAAUGAUGAAGUAUCAAUCUGCUUAUCUGAAGGAAGCUCACAAGAAGAGACAAAUGAAGCUCUUCAAAAUGAAGAAAUUUGCCACAAAGACGAUGACCAGAAUCCAGUUUCCACUGAUAAUGUGAAAAUAGAAAUUUUAGAUGAUGAGGAGAGUGAUCUGAUCAGCAAUUCUGAAGUGGAUCAGAUGAGUUCUCUUUUGGAUUACAAGAGUGAAGAAGUCAGGUUCAUUGAGAGUCAGCUGGAGAACCACAAACAGAAAUAUUUUGAACUGCAGACGUUUACCCGGAGUUUGAUACUUGCAAUUAAAGCAGAUGACAAGGAACAGCAGCAGGCUCUGCUUUCAGACUUACCUCCUGAACUUGAAGAAAUGGAUUUCAACCACACCUCCCCGGAGCCCGAUGAUACCUCAUUCAGCCUCUCAUCCCUGUCGGAGAAGAACGCCUCAGACAGUUUGUGAUUCCCUUUUUUUGGAAGAGACAGAACAGAAACCCCACGGGAGGUGCAGGGCUCAGGAGAGAGAGAGGCUUUUGCUCUGCAGUGUCCUCAGCCCGAGGAGGAGGAGCUGUGCUGGAGGGUGGCUGUGGCUCCUCGCGGCCUUGCAGGAAUUGGGAAUGUUGGGUUUGGAAAAUCAAAGAACUGGGUGAGGGAAAGGUUCACUGGUAUCAGCUUGGUCUUGGGUAGGAUUAACUUUGACUCUCCAGAACAACUCUGGCUCUGUAGCAAAGUCUUUUUGAGCAGGGAUGCAAGAGUGGGAAACAAAUGUCAUGUGACACAAAGCAAAUUCUCCAGCUCCACGUGCUCCCCAGGCCUGUUUAUUAUAAAUUUCCCCAUUUUUACUCAGGUAGGUGGACUAAAAAUUGGGGAUCCAAAUAGAAUAACAGGCUUUCUCUGAGUUGUGCUUGCAAACCUGAAAUUAAACUGAAGUGUUUUUCAUUUUCUGACUUGAGAUUGUUAAAUCUUCCAUUUUUCUGACCAAAAUAGUUGAAAAAACCUUGAAAGGCUAACUGAAAAAAAUGAAUUAUCAUCAAUAAAUUAUUAAUGCAAAGAAGCAGUGAUAAGUGUUGGAAGAAAUGAGGUGGAAAUAGGAACCCUGAUAGCUGCAGGACACAACUUCCUAAUACUGUAGCAAUGGGAUUGGAUGUUUACACUCUUUAGAGUUUAAUGAUUGUAGUCACAGUUUCUAUUUGUCAAAGCCUGAAUGCUAAUUUUAUGCUUAUUAUUUUAAGUCUUGGUUAUAUAUUUUUCCACAAACUUUGCUCCAGUUUACCAAGCCAGUCAGAAUUCACAGCUGUCAUUGCAUCCUGAAAGGUUUCCCAGUGUUUGGAAGUGAGUUUUGCAGAUCUGGUCUGAAGCCCUGCCAGGUGCAUUUUUUGGCAAGUGCCAUUUCUAAACUUCGAUCUCAAUUGCAGGCAGGGGCUGAACUGAAUAUUCAGUUAAAAAUUUAAGUUAAUUAAAAACUAAAAUUUAAAGUUAAGUUAAUUAAAGAAUUUCUUCUUUCCCAGAGCUGUUGGCACUGGAUCCCUUCGCUGCUGUGGUGGAAUGGAUGUGCAGAGAUGUUCAGAUGGAUUCAGUGGGGUGUGUUUGUGGCCAGGGAGUGCCUGGCCAUGGCAGUGCUGUUGGCAGGGUGGUGACCAGUCCAAGGCAGGUCUGGAGCUCUUUUCCUCCAGGAUGGUUCUGUGGGAUGCUGCAGGUGCCUGCCUAUGGCAUUGAUGCUCCAAUUCCAACCUGGAUAUCCCUCAGCAAGCAUUUUUCACACAGAUACUUCAGUCUGGUAAAAAGCCUGAUCUUCCCAUUUUAUGCCAAAUAAUAAUUGACUCUGGGGAAUCCUUGUUCUUGCAGUGAGUAAUCCCCUUAAUUUCAGUGGGAGGUCUAAGCUCAGAAAACCCAGAGUGUUGGGGAAAUAACACCUUUUUUUCUUUAAUACAGGGAUUAAACUCGGGGUUUAGGGUUUUCUCAGUCUGAUCAGUCCCUCCCUAACCACUUGUACAGCUCUUUUUGUUUAGUAUGAGUAGUGAGCUCUGUUCUUUCAGGUUUUUAGUCUCUCCUCUCCUUGGGCAUGAGGAGCUUUUAGCAAUACUGUUAAAUACCAGCUGCAGAAAGGGCAGGAAUGGUUUUAAAAGGUGUUCUGAAAAUCCAAAAGCCUCACAGUUCUGCCUCCUGUACAAUUCUGUAAGUUCCCAGCAGAUCUACCCUUCCACAGAGAAAGCCCAGAGUUCCAAGCUGCUGGGCCUGUGUGUGAGUUGAGGCAUUAAAACUCGGCUGGAAAUGGAGGUUUGAGAGCAGAGCUCACAGAGCUGUCCUUCACAGGGAGGAUAGAGCUGAGCUGGAAUUCUCACUCUGAAAAACUCAUUUAUAAAGGGUUUUCUAUGCCAGGCCAACAAUGGUUUCUGUUGGUGUUCUCUUUAGAUAGGAAAUUUGUGCCACUGACAAUGAAACCUCUUGUUUUCUGUGAAAUUAAAAAAAAACAAAACAGUGCUGGGAUUUGCCACUAUUUGGACCCUGCUUUCCUGUUUCUUCCACUUCAAUUCCCAUGACAGAGGGCAGGAUACUCUAACAGGAGUUCCCAAUUUCAUGGUCAAUUAAAUCAUCUGCCUUCCUGCAAGAGAAACUUCUAUUGAUGAUUCCUAUAUUGUUGUCUUGCUGCUAUUUCAUAUCCAAACAGAUGGAAGGAGUGAAUUUUGAAAACUGUUUGCUAGAUACAAGCAAUUAUGUCAGUCCCUGCUCUCCAGGAAGCUGGAAUCCUCUUGGAUGUGCAGCUGAGAUGAGCUGCAGUCAAGGCCCACCCCAUCCCUGGGGGAUGUUCUGUGGUCAUUUCUCCUGUGGGGCGACAAAACACAGCCUGGGACACUUGACAACACUACAGGAUAGUCAGGGAAAAAGAAUAUAAAUUCUAUCCCUGAAUAACAAAGUCUGGGGAGGAGGAUGCUCCACAGUUUCUUGGCUGGGUUUUUUGCAGAAUCAGUGUGUAUUUCCAGCAAAAGCCUGUUACCAUUAGUGGUGGUUAAAUGUUGGUGGAGAGCAGUGGGGGUGGCUCUGGGGUGGGUUUGGGUUCAGGGUGUUUCCCCUGUCUGUAGGAUGGUAACAAACACCUGCUUUAAGUGCAGUUCAUCAUUUCAUAACCUUCCAUAGGAGAUAAAGCUCAUCCUGUUCUUUUCAGGGUGCCAGGAAUCAGCCCCCUUUCUCUUGCAGUGAGUGACUCUAAUUUGAAUUAUCCCUGCAGCAGAAGGGCCACGCAUGGGUGGUUUUAUCACCUUUCUGUGGCCAUGUAUCAAUGUUUGACCCUCCUGCCAAGUCUCUCAUUUACUUUGUCCAUGAACAGUGACUUCCCUGGCAUUGUUCUUUGCUAAAGCAUCCAUGGGAACAUCAGUGAUAUCUCUCUGAAGAAAAGGUGGGAAAGCAGCCCAGAACAGACACUUCAGCCAGAUGCAGGGCAGGCUCUCCCUGGGGAGCUGUUUUUGAUGCAGGAAGGUUUGCUCGUGGUUUAAACCCUGUUUGCUGGAGCUCUACCUCCUUUCCUCCCCCUGCAGGUGAUGUUUCAGUCGCAUCCAUAGGUCUGACAGGAGUAACAGUAUCAGGAAAUACUCCAAUAAAACAGAAAAGACUCCAGCAGGUGACUUUGGGGCAGGUUUAAAGGUACCUGAGCAGAUGAACCGUACGAGGUUUCUGGGGUGCCUGGCCCUGUGGCAGCUCUGCACUUUAAUCUCUCCAAGUAUUUCUUUUCACUAAGGCAAUAAAAAGUGUGAAAUGAGGAGUUUGGGGCUUUGCAGCCCUGUGAGGGAGGAAGGGAAUGAACUUGAACUCAUCUUGAACUGGGCAGCAGCUUCAGAGAGUCUGUUCUCCAAGGGGAGAAGCUGUGUGUGCUGCUGGGCUCAGACAGGUGGAGUGAUGGAACAAACCAGCAGCACCAUGGACAUCCUGGCCUGGGAAUGGGAAUCCCUGCUUCAAAUGGAUCUGCCCUCCCCUCUGGGAUCUCUUGCACUGCUGCAUCCCUGAACACAAACUCCUGCACAGCUCUGACCUUCCCCUCAUCAUUCCCCACGGAGCUGCUGGUCUCGGGUCUCAGCCUCCAGCCCCUGCCCAGCUCCCCCAGGGGCUGGAGGGCUGGAGCCUGGCCAGACUCUGCCUUUUCUGCCCCAAAUGCUCCCAGCUCAGCUGGAAGGUGCCUGAGCAACGUUAGGGGUGGGCAGUGAGGAAACUCCAGCUGGCUGCCAGAGAACACCGGCUGGAGCGUGGUCCUUGAUUUCCUUAAUCAAGAAUGUUUUACCACGUCGACCAAAGGUGAAAUCUGAAAAGUUUUGGGGGGGAAAAAAAGUCAGUGCAGCAAAGUGGGUGUUUUUCAUGAAAGAACAGGAGUUUAAUGUGAGUAUUUAUUGCUCUGAAAAACAGCAGCUGCUCUGGUCAGAAGGCGACAGGAACGGGUCAGAGCCUUGGGCUUGUGGGGGUUCUUUUCCCACAAAGGAGCAAAUCCUCUUGGCUAAAGGAGGUGUUCAAGGAUAUUCCUGGAAGGAAAACAGUUCAGGUCAGUGCUUUGGCUCUGGGAACAGUUUCCCAUGUUACUGAACUAAGUCAAUAACUCUUUUCCAGCUCUGUUUUACAUUUUACACAAUGCUACCUCUGAAACGUGACACCCCUUAAACCCACACAGAAAAUGUGAACUUAGGAAUUUUUUUUAACCUUUUAUAGGCAAUAAAUUAUUCCCAACAUCCAUCCUUCAGUUUUUGCUUGGUUUUUGCUGAGUGUGAGCCAUCACUUUUGUUUUUAAUUUAGUGCUAUUUUUCUGUAUUUGUGUUUAUCACAAUCUGUGGAGGAGGAAAUAAUGGGAUAUUAGGGAGAAAAGCUUAGCGUGUGUUAAUGGGAGAAAAUAUUUCUGUUAAAGCUGAAGGAUGAUGGCUGUGCUGGUUUUGGUGCAGUUACUGUGAGAAAUGGAUAUUAUCCUUAAUUCUGGUAUAAAUGAUUGUUGGAACAUUGCUCAGUGCAUCAGAUGACUUAAUCUGAGAGAGCAGUCAGUGAUCUCAGCACUGUAAGGAAAAGGAUUUUACACUUUCUGAGACAUCACAGUUCAUAAAUACCUCUGCAGAUUUUUGUUUCAUUUGUUUCCCUUUUUUGGCAUAACUUUAUAGAGACCUUGUAGAAAGAAUUUUGAAGUGUUAGAUAAAAAUGGGUCAGUAACAAACCGAGGUCAAAUGUAGAUUUAGACCACGUUUGUAUUCAAGUUUCAUCUGAAAGGAGUUCCUUGAAUUUCCCCCGUCACAUUUCUCUCCCUGGAGUACUGGGGAAGGGUGGCAGGAUGCACGAGGGGGAUGGAGGGAAUCAGGCACAAGGAGGCAGAAAUGAAGGUUCUAAGUUUUAGUUAAGAAAAUUUUAAUGAACUGAAAGGUUUCUGUGCUGUGGAAAACAAGAGCUUCUGCUUUAUCUGCAGAUUUUGUGAAAUACAGUUCAAAAGGUCAUUGGCAAAUCCACUGAGUCGUGCUGGGGGGAAAUUGCCUUUUCCAGUGGAAAUUUUAUCAUUUCUGGGGUUAUUUCUGGGGUUAUUGAGUGUGUGUGAGCACACAGAUGCAGAUUUACAAUGUGCACAGAUACACUGAACUUGAUCACGGUAGCUCUACAAAAGUAUUUUAACUUGAAAUGUUAAUGGCAUUCUUCUCAAAGAUAUUUCAUUUGCUCUUUAUUUUUGUGUCUUGCUGCAUAUCAAUUGCAUAGUUCUGAAAAUGAGUCAGAUACAUCCAUACAAAUAUGGUUUAUUGUUUAUGUCCUUGCAACUGGUAACUUUGAGGCCUGGAAAUUUAUGAAAAUACCCAUAAUAAUGGUAUUUCUAAGUGAUCUUGGCAAAUAAACUGCUGUAUUUCUGAAGAGAUAACGAAUCUUCUGCCAUGAUAAUUUCUGCUUUGUUUUCACUGUAGGAAUCAGUUUCAUUUAAAAAAAAAAAAUAUUAUGAAAAUUUAGAUAUUAUUAUAUAACUUGGAUGUUUUCCUUCACCUACAAAACAGGAUAAUUGAUAAUUUUAAGUCUUUUAUCACUUCCUUCUGGGCCAAUUCCUUAAGCUUUGUAACCUGAGCAUAUUCCUGAGUUUCUGUGUGAAAAUCACUAUUUAUAUUGCAUUUUUAUCAUUUGUAUCAGUAUGUGUAGCAAAGAAACUACUACAAACCUUCAACUGAAGUACCUCCACUAUGGUCCAGGACACCUGAUCUGGGCAUUUGGAGUGCCAGAUGCCCGGUGAAACAGUCCAGACGUUUGUAUUGAGUUGGUUUUCUGUGUAUAUAAAGGGUAUUUAUAAUCUUGUAUUAACAGAGUCAUCAUUGGAAAUGCUGAUUUCCUGCUUUAGAAGCCUGCUCAGCUAUUUUUAUAUAAAACGUUGGUCUUUGCCUUCAUUUUUCUUUUUUUUUUGGUGAAAAGUUGUGCCAUAGAUAAUUUAACUUAUCCACAGAUCCUUUACAGAGUUUGCUUUGACUCCUCUUAAUUAAUUAUUUUUUCCUCAAAUUCUCCUAAUUUGUUUUCUCUUCCAAAUGCAUCUCAAGGUUGGUUUGCUUUCUUAAUUUUAUUUUAUUAUAUUUUUUAAGUUUUGGAAGAUCCCUUCAUCUGCAUGCUUUGGUAGCUCGAGUUUUUCCUCUGUAGUUUAUUGUUUAUGGUUUAGAAGAACCUUUUAUUGAAACCCCCUGAAGUAAUGCUUGUACAAAUGUAUUUAGGGUGGCCCAGAUAGUCAGAGAAAAGGGCUAUUUAGCAUUGGUAAAUUUGUCUACUGACUCAAGGAUAUUUUUCUACGUCUGUCAAGUUUGGGACUAUUGGAGA